AUGUACCAACUGGCCAUUGGCAAGACGCCGACGCCGUACCUUGAGUCGUACUGGAACCGGAUCCAGCUCCCAACCUUCUUCUUCGUCCUUGUCUACGUCCUCUGCGAGUUUACGGCGCCGUUCUCGACCAACAUGCGCAUCUACGCGGGGAUCGCGACUGUCUUCUUUCUUUGGAUCAUGGGAGUGCAGUACAUUGAGGUCUUUGGCUCGAUCUCGUACCUUCUCCCGAUGAUGCGGCACAUGAUUGCCGACGUGUCCAGUUUUUUGGUCUACUACUGGUCGAUCCAGUGCGCCUACACCUGUGCCUACUACCUCCUCUUCAAGAGCCAAGGCGAGAGCGAGACGUUCGCGCCAUAUGCAACCGUGCUUGAGAGCUUCAUCACGACGUACCUCCUUCUCUUGCUCUCGCACGCGACGAUCGUCGUCGUGAUGCUCCUCAACGUGCUCAUCGCUAUGAUGAGCAAGACCAUGGGCGCGUACAUUGAGGAAGCCAAGGUCGAGGCGACCGUCACCUUUGCCGAGUGUGUGCUGCGCAUGGAGAAGACCAAGACGUUCAAGACAUCCAAGGAAAGAUUGGACAAAGCGGUCAACGGCGAAGAGUACAAAAAACACAUGAUCUCGGUGCAACGCACGAUGCGCCGAGAAAAGAGAAAUGGCGAGGAGCGACACAGUCUAAAGCAAUGA